AUGUCAUCUAUGCCGCAUCAGAAACUUCCAAUUUUACCAGAACAUUUAUUAGCUAUGAGACAGUAUUUGGACCUGGAUAACGAAUUUGAUAUAGCUGUAUGGGCUUGUAUUUUGUUUCUUCGAAAGUCAAACAUGGUGCCUACGUCACGCCACAAAUUUUUACCGCAAGAGCAACUCCGUCGCAUGGACAUCUCAUUUGCAGUGCAAGGUCUAAUGUUACACACCCAGUGGUCAAAAACUCGUCAGAAACAUGACUUUUGGCAUGUUAUUCCUGUAGCUAAAAUACCUAACUCGGUCAUUUGCCCGGUCACUGCAUAUUGUAACAUGUUAAUUCACAUCCCUGCCUCAGCGGCCUCACCUGCCUUUGUAUACUCUCAUUCAGGAUCUCUCACUCCUCUUACUAGUCAUGCUCUCACCCGAAAAUUUAGGUCUUUGGUCAUUGACAUUGGGCUUGACCCCUUAAACUAUACUGUUCAUGGCCUGCGUAGGGGAGGAGCUACUUUAGCAGCAGCUGCAGGCGUCUCAGAUCACCUCAUAAAGGCACAUGGUGACUGGAAGUCUUUGGCCUACAGAGGCUACAUAGCUCUUCCACCCUCAUUUCGUUUUUUCGAUCACCCAGGCUAUGGCCAGUACUUUCAACUUUUAGACAGUUACCUUAAAUCUAUUUCAGCUUUGAUUAGCAACUUUAAGCUUGUAUUUUCAAUCCCUUGUUGCCUAGAGCGCCCCCUAUGUUAG